AUGCUUGCAACGUUUGGAGAUCCCAAUGCAGACACGGAAUGGAAUGACAUUCUACGCAAAAAAGGCAUCCUUCCCCCAAAAGAGGAGCUGAAGGCGCAAGAGCAGGCUGAAGAGGAAAGGCAGCUCCAGCUUCUCCAGCAACAGUCAGUGGUCAAAACCUACGAAGACAUGACCCUGGAGGAACUUGAAGAAAAUGAAGAUGAAUUCAGUGAGGAAGAUGAGCGUGCCAUGGAAAUGUACAGGCAGCAAAGACUAGCUGAAUGGAAAGCAUCUCAAGCCAAAAAGAAAUUUGGGCAUGUUUUAGAGAUCUCAGGGCAGGAUUAUGUCCAAGAAAUUACCAAAGCCAGCAAGGAUAUAUGGGUGAUACUGCAUCUUUAUAAACAAGGGAUUCCACUCUGUGCCCUGAUCAACCAACACUUAAAUGGGCUUGCAAAGAAGUUUCCAGAUGUCAAGUUCGUCAAAGCCAUUUCCACCACCUGCAUACCCAACUACCCUGAUAGAAACCUCCCCACGAUCUUCAUCUACCUUGAAGGAGACAUCAAGGCCCAGUACAUUGGCCCACUGGUGUUUGGAGGAAUGAACCUGACCUGCGAUGAAUUGGAAUGGAAGAUUUCUGAAUCAGGAGCCAUCAAGACAGACCUGGAGGAGAACCCCAGGAAGCAAAUCCAGGAUCAUCUGAUGACUUCAGUCCGCUGUUCUGUUCCGAGCAGGAGAGACGAAAGCGACUCAGAAGAGGACUGAGGACUCAGUUUCAUGUCUGAUUAAACUCAGAAGUUUACUUUUGAAUCAGUGCAAGAGGACUCAUUUUGACAUAAGGGUGCUUGGGUUGCAGCCUAAUAAAUACCAUUGUUGGUAUGUUUUUUUCCUAAAAUAUUAAAUUAGGGUUAUAUAAUUUUGGACUUUAUUUAGAAUCUCUCCCUGAUUGCCACUGGGGCCACUGUUUGUGGACCUUCCCUAUUGAGGAAUUAAUGCUACCCGCAGUGUGACCCAUGGUGCUAGCUGGUUCCCUUGGUGAUAACACCCUUGCCUCUGCACCACAGUCCUUUUUACCCCUGUGGUGUUGUAUCAUUUUAAAGGAUUGCUGCUGUCAGAAAAUGGUCCUGAUGCAAGGCUAAAUUGUCAAGCAGGUACUGAUUUUUCCAAAGAUUAGUCUAAACCUGCUUAAAUUCUUUAUGGGCCAGAUCCAGAUGUGGUAGGUUCUAUUUGCCACCAAGGAUGCUGAAUUCUGUUGAGAUAUUUGUACAUACGUUUAGUAAUCCUAAAAGCUCAAGGGAUUAUUGAUUAACUGGAGGAAAUGCAAUGUUUUUUACUUUCAUCUUGAAAGACCACCUGUGGGUAUUUUUAAGCACUAAUAACUCCCCCAUCCCAUGUUGAAUCACACUUAAUAUGCUCCCCUCCACCCACCCCAAACAAAGCUGUAUAACCAAGCUUUAAGAGGUCACUUUCACUGUGAAAGUUGGAGUAACAAUAUGCAAUAAACUGAAACAGUUUCUCAA